GAAAAAAAAAAGGAAAAAUCCUGCCUGUUCAUGUGUGUCAUGAACUCAGAUGGGUCCAAGGUGAUGCACUUAUUAUUAUUUUUCCAUCUCAUGUCCGACCAAUGAGCCAACAGCCCACGUCAUCAUCGUACUUUUCAAAUCGAUCAAUAUUUCGUUUCACGCUGUAGAAAAGACAUCAAGAUCAUUGCGAAGAUGAUUGUUGUUAUGCUCUUGCAUAGUUUCAAGUGCCUAAUGGUGCAUUAUAUUAUGAUUAACGAUCUCACAAUGAAUGAAAUCUAUCUCCACGGGGCACUGGAUGGAGGGGAGCUGUUGUAGGGGUCUUGUCCUAGGUAAGGAUCAUCUGGGGGAAAAGUGGAAUAUUUCAGGGAAAUUCCUUCAUCAAGAUUCUGAUCAUUUGAAAAAAAAAUCUACCCCCACGGGAUGCACGGAAUGAUAUGUUUAGUGUUAAAUAUCAUAAAACAUUGUAAACAUAUGAAUGAACAUUCAGGUAGAUCUGAAAAACAAAACUUAAUGUGAAUUGUCAGCUACCGUUUUUAAGGGCACGUUUAGGGAAUUUCGUUCUGAUCUCGGGGAAGUACCCGCCGACUGCUAAGGAAUUUCUCGGAAGGAGGUGACAGUCUGACAGAUUCUGGAUCAGUUUUGCUACAGAAAUGGCGAGUACUGAACGCUGGAAUCGCGACGAUCUGUACAAGUUGUUAGUGUGGCCGCUCUUGUCAGUGGCGGUGAUCUUUUUAACCGUAUCAAUUGGUGCUAUAGCCAUCAUGGGUUACGACGCCUUCAAGAUCUGUAGGAAGAUCAAACUCUCGAUGUUUCUUCCUGGUGUCAGAAGAGGGAAAUUCAAGGUGAAUGAAGAUCCACCUGUCAAGAAGAGGCCUCAAGUGUCCUCAGAGGAAGGUGAAAUAGCAACUGUCACAGUUGCUGAAAUCGUCAACACCGACUGUUACAGCAGCAGCUCCCAAGAAACUUACUACAAUCUCUCUGACUCUCCACUCUCGAAGAGAUCCUCUCGGAUUAGUUUACCUAGUAGCGAGCUCUCUGCAGUCUCGGGCCGCUUGAAGGAGGACACUAGACCCAGCGAUGACUAUCAGCAUUUGGUUAUCAUCGAACGCACAGAUUCCGAGGAGGCUGGCUCGAGUUCCUACUCAGGUUGUUCCGACCCUUCAAUGUCUAGUUAUUCGAGCUCAGUGGACACUACGCCCUCAAACGAAGGCCUCCCUACGCCCACAGGUGUUCAGGAAAUCAACCAUUCCGUUACAGAUACUGAGACCUCGCCAGACUAUGUUGGUUAUGAUCAAACCAAUAGAAUCACCUCUUCAGUAGAGCCGAAUUCGACAACUACCUUUCCUUGUAUCUUACCAACUCUUUCAGAUCGAGAUAACACUGACUCAGUAAUGAGAAGUGAAAUACGUAUACACAGCCAUCCUUAGAUCAAUUUGAGAUGAUCAGGAUGGUCAGGUACUCAGAGACACCUACUACGUACACACCCAGUCAUGCCAUGUCCUGCAGAUGGUUCCCUGUCCAUGGGAAAGGUCUCAAACAGUAUAAGUCACAAUUUUAGUCGGAUAGAGAUACCAUUAUCGGUUGUACCAACAGGAGAUUGUCCUAGACUAAAGAAAUCUGCCAGUGUAUUCACCAAAGAACAUCUGUUGACUGGGGUACUUAGUGAAAAUAAGGGUCUUAACAGUGGUAUGUUAGUAUUGCGCAUACAGCGAGAAUUCUUGGUCUCUCGCAAGCUCUGACUAAUGAGAUUUUUAACAGUUUCCUGUCGAUGGCUAUUGGAAAAUGGAAAACGAAAUUUAACCUGUGAUUUUAGUAAUGUAUGUAAAUGAAUACGUAAUUUUUAAGGUAA